AUGGAUGCAGAAACAAACAAUUGCAGUACGUCAUCAGCGGUCGAAAAGGGUCACUCUGUUGUAUACAGUGUGGAUCAGAAGCGAUUUUUGCUUCCUUUGGAAUAUCUAAAGAACAAAAUUGUGAUGGAGCUAUUCGACUUGGCAGAAGAAGAGUUUGGACUACCAGGAGAUGGGGUUCUCACCUUGCCUUGCGACGCAAACUUUAUGGAAUAUGUAAUUGCUCUUAUCAAAAGGAAACCGAGUAAAGAAGUGGAGAAAGCAUUGAUCCUUUCUGUAGCCGCUAGUAGUUGCUCAUCGUCAUAUCUUUAUCAGCAAGAAGUGAGCCAACAAUUUCCAAUAUACAACAUCUGA